GAUGGUGUCCAUAGAAACCUCCUUUGAUUAAAUUCGGAACCAACUUAGGUAUAUAGUACGAAACAACAGUGGAAUCGAACCACACUGUGAUUGCUCGCUUCUGAUUCAUUCGUUCGCACAAGAGACUUGAGUAUGGCGGAAGCACAAACUAUCGGAAGUAGCCAUGGUCUGGAUAUGGAGAAUCGUGAUCCCGAAGACAUUAAUGGGCAUGUCAAGGUCUUGUUCGAGGAUGUUAUUGCAGAGCCAGAUGGAAGUCAUAGUAUCAAAGGAGUGUGGAGUUGCAGUUACAAAACAUUCUGGGCAAUGAAGAAUUGUUGCUACAUCUUUUUGUCGGUACUUUGCGGAGGACCUUGUGCUUGUAUGUGGGGACUUGUGUUUGCUUGUCAGAGCUUCUACAAUAUCUGGUGCAUCCGUCCUUGCUGUAAGUCUUACCAACUCAAUUUCGAAUGCUGCGCCAACUGCUGGAGAACCUAUAUCAGUUGUUACCUCGAUCCUAUCUACGAUGCUGUUUCCAGAGUCUUCUCGAACAUCAAAUUUCACCAUCGAUACGAAGUCGUAUAAUUUUUGUGUGUCAUACAUUUUCCACUGUAUUAUAUGUCUACCCAAUCUUUACUACACUUUUUAACGCUUCGAUAUAUUGUGUAUACUUAAUCU